UCAUUCCUGCAAGGAAUCCUCAAGACCCCAGCAUGAACACACUGAUUGUUUUCGCCGUGUUGGUAGCAUCUUGCUUUGCUGGAUACGACAAGAAAGUCGUUGGACCAGGGUUGAAUAAGUUUGGAACUUGCUCUUAUUAUGCCGACUAUGGGGCCCUAGGCAGGCAAUGCUUUUCUGACUACCAAUGUCCUGGAGAACAGAAGUGUUGUUUCGCGUACGGAGGUUUGAGAAGAUGUCAAGUUCCCAUCGAGUAUCAGCGAAAUGGAAGAUGCCCUGUUUAUUCCAGCUCCUACGGUUCUUUUUGUACCACAGACAGAAAUUGCUAUCCCGGCCAGAAAUGCUGCGCUAGUUCAUAUGGUGGUAUCUACGGAGAUGUUAACACAUGCAAAAAUGUCUAUUAUGCCUUUAAUCAACUAGGCGGCAGUUUCCCCUAUUCUGUCGGAAAUGUUGGUUCAUACCAACUUCCUUCGUACACAGGAAAUGUACCUUAUUCACCUCUUGUUUACGGACCCGGAGUUGGUAGCGUAGUUGGUAGCGGACUUUACGGACCCGGAGUUGGUAGCGUAGUUGGUAGCGGACUUUACGGACCCGGAGUUGGUAGCGUAGUUGGUAGCGGACCUUACGGACCCGGAGUUGGUAGCGUAGUUGGUAGCGGACCUUACGGACCCGGAGUUGGUAGCGUAGUUGGUAGCGGACUUUACGGACCCGGAGUUGGAGUUGUACCUGGUGUGUCAAGUGGAUAUUACGGACCCGGUGUCGGUAGUGUCUAUUCUAACCCAGUGAUUAAAAAAAACUAUUAGAAUCCUUACCUGUCUUAUUUGUUGAUGUUAAUAAAUCAAUUAGCAAUUUAA